UAUGUGGUGCUCCAUUCUUCUUUCACGUUCGGAACAAUUUGGUAAAAGUUAAGUGUUGAUUUUCACUAACGGUUGCGGGCGAUCACCAAUCGUGGCAUCUGUGUGCAAUGUGCAAUUCAAUUACUUGUGUAUCCCAGUGCGCAUUACGGAUGCUUUUGUUAUAUUUGGUCUUUCAAGCGACUCCCGAAAGUAACGCCCAGCUGUUUAUGAUUCCGCAAGGCGAGGAACGCACGAUUGGUGCCGGAUCUCACCUCAUCAUCACCUGCAUUUACAAGUAUCCAGACGAAUACGACCGACAAAAUUACAGAAGAAACAUUUCAUGGACGUUUCCCUACUAUCUCAUGAGGAACGAGGAAGGUGUUGUUGACCCUACACAGAUUAGUAACCGUUUUAGCACGACAGCGGACAAGAACGAAACGCACUUGACAUCAACCAUGACUCUGACAAACGUCACAGCCUACGACACGGGUUAUUUCAGUUGUAAGGCCAUUUAUAGAGACCAAGUGAAGCAAUACGUUUACGUUUACGAUCGCAAUAAUGCCAUUAUUAAAGAUGACCCGCAGUUCCGGACCAAACAAAAUUCGGGCGAACCGCUUCUCCUUGGAUGCCGGCCCACUCAUCCUAACGUUACAGUCGUUCUUCUUCGUCUAACUCGACACGUCCAUCCGAAACAAGAAGACGAUUACCAAUGGGAUUAUUCAAAGGACCUUUUAUCUGGACCUAAUCCGAGCUGGAUACUGGACUCUCAUCUGGGACUGACAAAAAUGCGUGCGACCGUUGGUGAUACGGGCUUUUACUAUUGCUUUGGCACAAUGGGCAAACCUGUUGGCCAUUUGAAUAAGAUCACCUUCGUGGUUGGUGUCAAAGGGGUGGAGUUGGAAAGAGUUGGUGGAACUGACGAUCCUCUUGAAGGAAGUAAUGUCACGUUGUUGUGUCGCACGAAUGCCAAUCGCGAAUUUUCUUCGCCACCAGACUGGAUUGUCCGGAAUAAGAAUACAGGAAGCAUGCAAGAUAUCGAUGAGUUAGACCCUCCCGAAGGUGUUGAAGUAUCAGUUGAAAGUAUUACAAGACCUCAAUUUACGUGGAUCUAUUACGAAAGCCGGCUGCAGUUAUUCAACAUUAGCUUAGACAGCCCCGCGACUAUUCAGUGCAAAGGCAAAACGAGUAAAGGAAUAGUAUUUCGAACAGUUUCGUUUGCAAUCAAAGUUCAGUUGGAAAAGGAAAGACCAAGGAAUUUAACUUGCAGCAUACCCUCACACACGGAUCGUCUUCAAUGGUUCAAGGAUGACCGAGAGUAUUCCGGUCAAGCUUACUCAUUGGGCAGUAUGUCAGUUUUGCCUCUUCAAGGGAUCGCAGGUGAAGGAGGUGCCUACGCUUGUCAAUGGUACAACAGACGAGGAGAGGUUAAACAUCGCAAUUUCACCGUCGCACCCAUUUUCUCCGAGAAAACAUUUGCAGAGAGCGAUGAAAAAACAGAAAGUCGAACCAGUAUCGUUCUAGGUUUCUCUGUAGCUCUCGUUCUACUAAUUGCCGUUGGAAUUGCCGGCAGCAUUAAACUCUACGCGGAUGAGAAAAAACUUCGAGUAUUUCCAGAAACGUUAAAGAGAUUGCUUGAAGGCAAUGUCAGUGGAAUCGAUCCGCUUUUGCCAAUGGAAGAACAAACCGAACGAUUACCUUACGACCAACAGUGGGAAUUUCCCCGAUACCGUCUCAAAUUAGGAAUUCAGCUGGGAGUUGGCUGUUUCGGCCGUGUCGUUAAAGCGAAAGCCGUUGGAAUAAGAAAUUCGAACGGAACUGCCAAGACUGUCGCCGUUAAAAUGGUCAAGUCGCAAACCGAUGUCGCAGCACUGGAAGCCCUCGUCAGGGAAUUGAAAAUACUCAUCCAUUUGGGGUCGCACGUAAACGUAGUCAACUUGUUGGGUGCAUGCACCAAAGAGAUGCACAAAGGAGAGUUGCUGGUGAUUGUGGAGUACUGUCGGUUCGGCAACUUGCAAACCUAUUUGUCCACUCACCGUGACAGCUUUGUCAAUCUGGUAGACGAAUGUGGUAACAUGAGAUCGCAAAGCGAGACGGAGGAAACGGAAAAUACGUCAAGUAUCGGGAGAAAUUACUGGGAAAGAGAUUCCAAAUACCGAACGGAGAGCUUGCAAGAGAUAUGCGACAGAGAUUCAACGGCCUCGACGUUUUAUUUGGAUUUACUUCCAACGGAUGCGACUUCCAGUGGCGAGAUUGAGAUGGAAUCCAUUUGCCAAUAUCAACGAGAUCUGGCUCUCGGUUGCAUAUCCACACUCGAUUUGAUCUCGUGGUCGUUCCAGAUAGCAAGCGGAAUGGAUUAUUUGGCUAGCAAAAAGGUUCUCCACGGCGAUUUGGCUGCCCGCAAUGUCCUGCUGGCUGACGAUGGGGUGGUCAAGGUAGCUGAUUUUGGAAUGGCCAAGCGGAUGUACUACGACGGUAAAUACGAGAAAACGAGUCAGGGAUUGAUGCCAGUCAAGUGGAUGGCUAUCGAAUCUCUGACGGAUCGCAUCUUUUCCACUCAAUCGGAUGUCUGGGCCUUUGGUGUUGUUCUCUGGGAGCUUUUCUCGCUCGGCAAAGUUCCGUAUCCAGGAAUGGAAAUUGGUCACCUGUUGGUCAAAGAAAUUCAAGCUGGAUAUCGAAUGGAGAAGCCGAGCAACGCGCCCAAUUUCUUCGAUGAAAUGAUGGCCAGGUGCUGGAAGGCGGACCCGAACGAACGGCCAACUUUCCGUCAACUCAAAGAAGCGAUUUGCAGUCAGAUGGAGUCGAGUGUUAGUUCGGAGUAUUUGUUUAUGGAUGCUCCAUAUCAACAACUGGACGACGAAAAACACUAUGCAAAUUCUACAGAAAUUUUGGCACAAGCAGAGUUGUUGAACGACCCAUCGCAUUGUCAACCGCCACAGAGUGGACGGUGAUAUCCAUGAUUUGCUCAGUGACGGAUGGGAACAUUUC